AUGGGUAAAUCACAGUCUAAGCUCUCGCAAGAGCAACUUGCCGAACUCCAGAAGUCCACACACUUUGACAAGAAGGAGCUGCAGAACUGGUACAAGGGUUUCCUGAAGGACUGCCCCUCAGGCAUGCUCACCAAGGAGGAGUUCCAGAAGAUCUACCGCGAGUUCUUCCCGUUCGGCGACCCGUCAUCGUUUGCAGAUUAUGUCUUCAAUGUCUUUGAUAGCGACAAAUCCGGCUCCAUCGAUUUCAAGGAGUUCAUCUGCGCCCUGAGCGUUACGAGCCGCGGCAAGAUGGAGGACAAGCUCGACUGGGCCUUCCAGCUCUACGACAUCGACGGAGACGGCAAGAUCAGCUACGACGAGAUGCUCAAGAUUGUGGAAGCCAUCUACAAGAUGGUCGGUUCCAUGGUCAAGCUGCCAGAGGAUGAGGACACCCCCGAGAAGCGCGUCAAGAAGAUCUUCCGCAUGAUGGACAAGGACGAGAACGGAAGUUUAGACAUGGAGGAGUUCAAGGAGGGGAGCAAACGCGACGAGACCAUCGUCUCCGCCUUGUCAUUGUAUGACGGCUUAGUAUAG